AUGUUUCUAUUCUUUCUAUUCUAUAGUAAUCUUAUUGCUAAAGCAGAACAUGGUAAUUCUCGAAUUGGAACAUUAAGACCAGGUCAAUAUGAAGUUGAAUGUCGUGGAGCACAAGGCGGUAGUUUUAGAGAUCUAUAUAAACUUGGUGGUAGUGGAUCAAAAGUAACUGCUCAAUUCAAACUGACAAAUACAAUGUAUUAUGAUUUAGAACCUGGUACUUCAGGUUCUUUGAAUACUGCAGGAUCUCCUGAUGGAGGAAAAGGAUCAAACAGUAAUGAUUAUGGCUGUGGUGGAGGGUCAAGUUCAGCUUAUAUAUAUAUUGGACAAUAUUCACCAACUCAUUAUAUUACUGCAGCAGGUGGCUCUGGAGCAAGUAAAAAUCUUCUUGGUGCACAUGGAGGAGGAAAUAACACAUAUUAUAAAAUAGAAACUUCUGGUUUUCCUACUUUGAUGAACGAUCCGAGAUAUUUAGAUGCGAAUGGUUCAUAUCAAGCAGGAUGGGCAGUAGAAGGAUCGGGCGGUGGUGGAGGAUGUAAGAUAGGUAAAGGAGGAAAUAAAAAUGUAAAUGGUUUCACAGAGAUUGGAUUUAGUGGAACAUCAUGUCAUUCAUCUGGAAAUUUCUUCAGAAAUAUUGAUAUAAAAAGUGGUGAUUAUGAUUUAUUUCAAGGUGAUGGAUAUGUUGAAUUAACAUACGAUUAUUUAUGCAUGGCUAAUUGCAUUGACUGUGAUAGUUCUUCUUCUUGUAAUAUGUGUGAUUCUUCUCAUGUCCUUUAUAAUAAUGGAUGCAGCCUAACUAACUGUCCAGCGUCAUACUAUAAUAAUAGUGGAAGGUGCUACAAAUGCAUAACACACUGUGAUCAAUGUUCAAAUGGAAGCAGUUGCCGCACAUGCAAAUCUCCAUAUUUGCUUUAUGGCGGAAGAUGCGAAGUCACAACAUGUCCUCCUGGAACAUACAAAAACGGUAACCAAUGCGAUAGCUGCAUUACAAACUGUGAUCAAUGUUCAGAUGGCAACAGUUGCCGCAGCUGCAAAUCUCCAUAUUUGCUUUAUGGCGGAAGAUGUGAUAGAACUACAUGUCCUCCCUUUACAUACAACAACAGCAACGUAUGCGAUAGCUGCAUUACAAACUGUGAACAAUGUUCAGAUGGCAGCAGUUGCCGCACAUGCAAAUCUCCAUAUUUGCUGUACAAAGGAAAGUGCGAAGUCACAACAUGUCCUCCCUCUACAUACAAAAACGGUAACCAAUGCGAUAGCUGCAUUACAAACUGUGAUCAAUGUUCAGAUGGCAACAGUUGCCGCAGCUGCAAAUCUCCAUAUUUGCUUUAUGGCGGAAGAUGUGAUAGAACUACAUGUCCUCCCUUUACAUACAACAACAGCAACGUAUGCGAUAGCUGCAUUACAAACUGUGAACAAUGUUCAGAUGGCAGCAGUUGCCGCACAUGCAAAUCUCCAUAUUUGCUGUACAAAGGAAAGUGCGAAGUCACAACAUGUCCUCCCUCUACAUACAAAAACGGUAACCAAUGCGAUAGCUGCAUUACAAACUGUGAUCAAUGUUCAGAUGGCAACAGUUGCCGCAGCUGCAAAUCUCCAUAUUUGCUUUAUGGCGGAAGAUGUGAUAGAACUACAUGUCCUCCCUUUACAUACAACAACAGCAACGUAUGCGAUAGCUGCAUUACAAACUGUGAACAAUGUUCAGAUGGCAGCAGUUGCCGCAGCUGCAAAUCUCCAUAUUUGCUUUAUGGCGGAAGAUGUGAUAGAACUACAUGUCCUCCUGGAACAUACAAAAACGGCAAUGUAUGCGAUAGCUGCAUUACAAACUGUGAUCAAUGUUCAGAUGGCAGCAGUUGCCGCAGCUGCAAAUCUCCAUAUUUGCUUUAUGGCGGAAGAUGUGAUAGAACUACAUGUCCUCCCUUUACAUACAACAACAGCAACGUAUGCGAUAGCUGCAUUACAAACUGUGAACAAUGUUCAGAUGGCAGCAGUUGCCGCAGCUGCAAAUCUCCAUAUUUGCUGUACAAAGGAAAGUGCGAAGUCACAACAUGUCCUCCCUCUACAUACAAAAACGCCAACGUAUGUGAUAGCUGCAUAACAAACUGCGAGCAAUGCUUACAAAGUAACAGUUGCCUUAAAUGCCGUUCACCAUAUGUUAAGUAUCAAGAUUCUUGCGAAAAUACUUUUUGCCCUGAAUCGACUUAUCUUUCAAUUGGAUGGUGUUUAAACUGUUCUUAUAAUUGUGCAAAUUGUGAUAAUGCAAGAACUUGUAAACGGUGUUAUUCCCCUUAUGUACUAUACAAUGACAAAUGUGAAAAUUCUGAAUGCCCAGAUUCGACUUAUCUCAGCGAUGGAAAGUGCUUCAAUUUUAUCAAAACUUUUAAGUAUGCUUUGAUACAAAAACUUGCAAUAAAUUCAAUUAGUCAUAUAUCUUUGACUAAAAUGGUUGCAGGAUAA